AUGUGCCAGAGUACUUCCGACGAGGAGUGGGACAACUUAUGGGUGGCUGGACUGGGUAAUUCGACUGUUGUGCUAGCCUAUGAAGACGACGAUGGAACUGGAUACGGCGAGGGACUGCUAACCCUCCACAACACGGGUACUCCAAAGGAGUACCCGAACAUUGCCAUGAUGCAUCCCUCGGAGGAGAAGGACACUAUCAUGGAGAAGGACCAGCUACUAGGUUUGGGUGGCUACGCGCUCAAGCUACCGGCAGAAUUCUCGACGGAGCUUUUCUUCAAACUCCCGCGAGGACUGCGACCACAGCACUGCCGGGAUGGCACACGAUAUUACAACGUGGCGCCACCCUAUGUUCUGAAUUCGUCCAGCCCCCAGUUUAUCAACCUCGUUCAACUUCGGCCACAUAAAUCAACGCUAGUUCUAUACACCCGUGGUGUCGACACGAUCGUGAACGGUAACGCGACAAUUAGUAGGAGGGUCAAGAAACUGGACAAGCCUGAUCCCGCCACCGUUGUGGGACAGCUCGUAGGCAGUCAGGUCGAUGAAACAUUUAUCUAG